AUGGACUCUUUAAAAAAUUUGAACAAACAAAAAACUAACAAGGAACUAGGUACCAGUUCCGAAGACGAGCUCCUGGCAUCAAGCCAAGAAAACGAGCGAGUCGAAACCGCCAUACUACCCAAAGUAGGCAGUAGCAGCCGCACUGCGCCUACUUCGCACAUAACAGUAAAAUCGGCAGACAAGCGCGCCAGCCAUAGUGCGCCUGCCGAGAAAUCAAAAAAGUCUGAGACAAAGAUCAGACGUCAAAGGUACCAGAAGGCCAUGUUCAUUCUUGGCAAGAUUGCUAAAAAUGAAGCUGAAGGUAAAGAACAGACGUUUGACCGUACAGACAAAGUACGAUAUCAGAAGGUGGUCGAUGAGUAUAACGAAUACCAGGCCACCCUAUCAAAACCCGCAAAGGCAAUGAAGAGGGAUCGGUCUCAGGACGAGACGGCCCAUACUUCAAAAAGCAAGGUAGCGAGAACAAGUUCUACUAGUAAACCGUCAACGAGUGCGAAAAGGGCAUAUAACGAAGUAGCAAGGGAUGAGCUACAGGUGGCGCUCAUUGAUGAUAUUACCGGCAAUGGAAAAAAGGUGAAAUGGGGUGAGAUUGAGCCCAAGCUGGCUGAAAUGGUGAUGGAACACCUUCUAACAAAUCUAAACGCCCCCACACCAGGCUUUGAUUCAUCAGAAGUGGUUCGUGGUUGCAGGGUCUUCAAAUGUGAUGACCAGCUAUCCAAAGUAUUUCUUGGCAACUGCAUUGCUAAGGUAAGUGAUGCAUAG